UAUAAAAGCCACAGCCAGUGAGCCACACGUACGGUUGAACGAGAGAUCAUAGAGAGAUAGAGAGAUGGGCGGUGUAGAAGUGGAUAGCAGUAGGACUGAAAGCAGAUGGAGUCUUGAGGGAACUACGGCUCUCGUCACGGGCGGAACAAAAGGAAUUGGGCAUGCUAUUGUGGAGGAACUUGCACGUUUUGGUGCGGCUGUACAUACAUGUUCUCGAAAUGAAGCUGAGCUUAAUGAAUGCAAGCACGAGUGGGAGAAGAAGGGUUUUCGAGUCACUGUUUCAGUAUGCGAUGUAACUUUUCCAUCUGAACGACAGAAGUUAAUUACCACUGUCUCAUCUCUCUUUCAUGGCAAACUCAAUAUUCUUAUUAACAAUGUUGGAACAAACAAAACGAAACCGACAACGGAGUACAAAGCGGAAGAUUUCUCGCUGUUAAUGGCCACUAAUUUUGAAUCAGCUUAUCACUUGAGCCAACUUUCACAUCCUCUUCUAAAAGCAUCGUCAGCCGGAAGUAUUGUGUUUCUUUCUUCAGUUUGUGGCGUCGUAUCAGUCAACGUUGGAUCCAUAUAUAGCGCCACCAAAGGGGCAAUGAAUCAGCUAACAAAAAAUCUUGCAUGCGAGUGGGCAAAAGAUAAUAUAAGGACUAAUUGUGUUGCACCUUGGUUCACCACGACUCCGCUUGCUCAACCUUAUCUUAAUGAUGAAAACAUGUUCAAGGCUAUCAUCUCUCGAACCCCAAUGGGAAGAGUUGGAGAGCCAAAAGAGGUGUCUUCAUUGGUGGCAUUUCUUUGCCUUCCUGCAGCCUCUUUCAUCACCGGCCAAACUAUUUGCGUCGAUGGAGGGAUGACGGUGAAUGGCUUUAUGUUAUCCCCAUAAACAUGCAUACUGCAUAUACCGGUUCAAGAAUUGUGCAAAUAAAUGCCGGUCUACCCUACUUAAUUUAUAGCGAUUGCAUAAUAAAGCUAUAGUUUGCUUGAGAUCUAUGUGUACACACCUUAGUGUUUGUCAUCAUGUUUAUUCAUGCAUGUUAUAACAAACAAUAUUAAUUUAUUAGCUCAUAGUCCUGCUCGAUGCAUGUUGAACGUA